CUUGCCGGCUUUUUACGACAGUUUCAUACUAUUGGUGACAUAAACACACGAACGUCAGAAAACAUGAGGUCAAAAGUUUUUCCCCUGAUCGGUUUGUAACGAAACACAACAAGGAUACAUGGCCAGUUCCUUGGUGGCAGCGGGGCUCGCUUUGGCUGCAGCUGGAUUUGCAGGUCGCUAUGUCAUGCAGGCCAUGAAGCAGAUGGAGCCUCAAGUCAAGCAGGCCCUACAGAGCUUCCCGAAGAAUGCCUUUGGAGGGGGUUACUAUCGAGGUGGUUUUGAACCAAAGAUGACAAAGAGAGAAGCCGCAUUGGUUUUAGGUGUCAGUCCCACUGCCAGUUGGAAUAAGAUCAGAGAAGCCCACAGAAAACUGAUGAUCCUAAAUCACCCAGACAGAGGUGGCUCUCCUUACCUAGCGGCCAAGAUUAACGAGGCCAAAGAUCUAAUUGAAGGCCAAUCAAAGAAGUGACAAGCCUUAACGAAGCGGCUACAAAGUUAAUCACAUUGUUGCGUUUGAGUUUUCAAAUGAAUCCCAUUGUAUAUAGAGCCUUUGCCUUUUGUGGUUUUUACGCUGCGUAUUGCACAACAUUCGAAAGGUUGCAUUCAUUCAUGUUUUUGCUUUUAAGAGCGCACAGUUUGGUUUUAGAUCUACAUGAAAGAUCAAGUUUAUUUAAGAACUACCUGCAUACAAAACAUAUUGCACAUCAACCAACCAGAAUGAUCCUUUAGAAAA